ACUUGUUUUUUCAACUUUUUUGAGCGGAUAUAAAGUUUCUUUUUCAAUUCCAAUUGAAUCAAUCUUCUUUUUGGGACAUCUUUUUUUACUAUGAACACCAUGUCGUUUGGGAGGAAACUGCUUAUGCUGGGGUUUGCAUGUAUAAUGUGGAAAUGUGUCUCUGGAUGUGAAAAUGGACGAUCGGAUAAUAGUGAACAUUGUACAGAUGCAGACGAGUGUGAGGAUCCAGUCAACGUAUGCGGGAAACAUGCCGAAUGCAUCAACACAGCUGGAAGUUUCUUUUGCAAGUGCCUCAAUGGGUUCGUCCAUUCAAAAGGGAUGGAGAACUUCACAGUGGUGGAUGGACAGUGCGUUGAUGUUAAUGAGUGCAGACAAGACAAAGAAAUCUGCGGUCAGUUCUCUACAUGCACAAAUAUGAUCGGAAAUUACAGCUGCACAUGUAAUCUUGGGUUUGUCCUGACCAAUAGCAGCGAUAGCAACUGUGUAGAUAUAGAUGAAUGCAACGUAGCCGAAAGUAAAAACGAACUCAUCUGUGGACAGAAGGGCACUUGCGUUAACACUCCGGGGAGUUAUUGGUGCAAGUGUGCAGAAGGAUACACCAGUUAUGGAAUUGAAAGGACCCCGUGUUCAGAGCUCAAAUGUGAGAGCUUCAGCGGUGCCAGGAGGCCUGCAAAGUCACUCGGAGGUCUGGAAGGCAUAUUGGCCAUGAUGAGAAACAGCUGCUUGGCUCUGUCCAACCCCAGCGCUUCUGGUGAAGGAAAUGCUGAAGGAGAGGCUCUGUUAGAGAAACUUCUCACUGCGACAGAUUCAAUUCUGUCCCCAGGACCUCUGGACCACAGUGAAGGCGUGAGUGGGUUGCUUGGCACUGUGGAAAAGUCUAUUUUACUGAUCGGCCCUCAGCUCAAACGCAACACGACAAGGAUUGAGAGCUCGGAGACAGAUGCCCAGAUUGCUGUUCGGAGAGGAAAAACCCUCCCAACCGGUCCGCUCCAUUUGUCAAAUGAAAACGCCACCCUCAGCACUGACUGGAGCACAGCAGCAGGGACCGGACCCUACCCGGGUUUUGCUCUGGCCGCUUUGUUGAGCUACAAGAACCUGGAGGGAUCUGUGAACAGAUCUUUUGAGGAACUCAAACAGGACAGAAACGACAGUGCGUCUUUCCAGAUCUUUUCCAAAGUUGUUUCCGUCGUGGUUUCCAACCCAUCCACCCACAGCCUGAAGCACCACGUCAACAUCACCUUCAGACAUCUGCAGGAUAUGAAGGAGUCCCCGGAGCUGAGCUACAUCUGCGCGUACUGGAACGAGAAAGGAGCCUGGUCCACAGAUGGUUGCCAUCAGCAGUACUCCAACGCCACACACACCGUGUGCACGUGCACGCAUCUGAGCAGCUUUGCUGUGCUCAUGGCUCUUUAUCCCAUGGAGCCCAACUUUGGACUGCUGGUGGUGACCAAGAUUGGACUGAUUAUCUCCCUUCUUUGUCUUAUACUGAGCAUUCUGACAUUUAAGUUCUGCCGCUCCAUACAAGGAACCCGCAACACCAUCCACUUACAUCUCUGCAUCUGCCUGUUCGUGGCUGACCUCAUCUUCCUGGUUGGAAUCUCUCAAACCAAACCUGAGGGUGGCUGCAGGUUUGUGGCAGCGAUGCUCCAUUUCUCCUUCCUGGGCGUUUUCCACUGGAUGCUGUUGGAAGGGGUGCAGCUGUACCGCAUGGUUGUCCUGGUGUUCAACGCCACCAUUCGACCCCUCUACCUGUACGUCACCGGAUACGGGGCGCCCCUUGCCAUCGUCAUUAUCUCCGCUCUCAUCAGACCCAACGGAUACGGCACUGAGCAUCACUGCUGGCUGUCCCAGAGCGACGGCCUCAUCUGGAGCUUCUUCGGCCCCGUGUGCUUCAUUAUCGUCCUCAACGUCUUUUUCUUCAUCAUCACCGUCUGGAAACUGGCCCAGAAGUUCACCAGCUUGAACCCAGACCUCUCCAAGCUGCACAAAAUCAAAGCUUUCACAGUGACCGCCAUAGCCCAGAUGUGCGUGCUGGGGCUGAUGUGGGUGUUUGGAGCCUUCCUGUUUCAAAGCGGCCUGACUGCCGUGGAAUACAUUUUCACUAUUCUCAACAGCCUGCAGGGCGCUCUGGUCUUCUUCAUGCACUGCCUGUUGUCCAAGCAGGUGAGAGAGGAGUACGCUCAUUUCCUGUCGUGCGUCUGCACGCCGCAAAAGAAGAGAUACUCAGACUUCAGCAGCACCAAUCCCUCCAGCAGUCAGUCACAAGGUACUCGGAGUGGGCAGCACACAGGAGAAUCCCAAAUAUGAAGACUCCUGCCUGUUUGACUCCCUUAGAGACAAACGAUCAAUUUUGUGGCCUGUGUUGGCUAAACGUUGGAUUCUGUUCAGAAAAAGAAUAUUUAUUUCAACACCCAUGUGUUAGUCUCUACAUGUUUCUUUAAAUCUGUGAUUUUUUUUUUUUCAACUUGCUCUUUUUGCACCCACUCAUGGGUGGUCACAUAAAUAGACAUUGUUGCUUUUUUGUAGCGAUUUGUCAGCUUGCAGUUUGGUUAAAUUUAAGGUUACUGACUUGAAUUUGCAGUUAGUAACCUUGCAGUCUAUCUUAUGGCAAGCAGGGGGCGGCUCCUGUUGUUGCUGGAAGCCAUUUUGUAUAGAACUCUAUUAAAAAAUGAGCCUACUCAAUUGAUUUGUUGUCUUAGUAGCCACGUGUUAAUUACUUUAAAAUCUUAAUAGCUAGAAUAAUGCAUCCGACAAAUUUCAUAGUCACGUUGGACAACUAAAUGUGCACUUAAAUAUUUUUGAAUGGGAGAGUUUUACCUCAAAACUGAAAGAUAAUCCAACUUUCUUUUAACUCUAAGGUACUGAAGGCAUCAUUUCUCUUUGAUAAAUAUUAGGGCUUUCCACAUUUUUAUUGCGUUGAUGCGACCAAAUUUUUGUUAUUUGCGUUUGAAAGACCACCAGAUUCAAUCUGUUAAAUCUGUUUAUACAGCCAUUAGGUGUAUUAUAGGUCAAGUUUAACAUUUCUGUAGCCCUCCCUGUGGCAUAAACAAGCCGGGUGUUUAUUCAGGAGCCUUUUGAGAGAAAAUAAAACAACACAAGUAGCUCAUCAAUUCCUUCAGAACAUAUCACGAUCAUGACAUAAGCUGUAUUUCUUCCAGAGGGGUGAUGUAUUUAUUCCAAAGUGCAGACAGUAGCAUCGACAUGCAUGUUAGCACGAGCAAUUAGUUUCUGCACUGUUUUCCAUGAAAGCAGAUUUAAAUGAAGGUUGGGUAUGCUUUUGGAAUAGUUUAUGUAUGCACGUACUGCAUUUCCCAGUAUGUCAUAACAGGAAAGAGGAUGAAAACUAGUUUCUUCCCUAAUUUCUGCUAUUGCUUCAAUUUGAAACAAAAUAAGUGCCUUUUUGUAUCACUUGUGGCUAACCUUAAAGUGUCUUGGUCAGUAAUUGAGCUGUGCUCUAUUAUUGACUCGUGUUUGGGAGUUGUUUUCAUUAUUGUUCCUGAAACUGUACCGAACAAACAAAUCUGGGACAAAAUAAGUGUUGGGGCAAUCAUCAAAAGCAGCUCCACCCUUCCGAUAAGCCUGCAGCUUCCUGCUAUCAAACUGUGCUUACUGAAGAAAUGUCUGUUUUUUUACUGUGUUCUUAAUAUAGCUGUUUUCCUGUGCCUCUGCACAUUUCCCUGAAAUGAGCUUCACUGAUGAUGGCAUCUGUCCAGGCCUGAGUUGGUUUAUUUUAUUGCACUUUUGUAUAGAUGAUGAUCAGCACGUUCACUUACACAGUAAGAAGACUUGACGCAGCCUCACUUACAGCAUCUGAAUAGUUUACUUUACAUUUACAUUUCUAGAUUUAUAGAAAUCGAUCAAAAAUUGAAAAAAAAUAGCCCAAAGAUGUUUAUUAUUUUCAUUGUUAUCGUGCAACUUUAUUUAUUAUUAUUUUCUAACUGGUUUGUUUUCAUUUGUUGAGAUUAUAAGUCCAGAAGAAAGUCACACAUGACUUGGUUGUAAAAGCUAAACUGUUCAGUGGUGAAUAAGUGGGACUGCAGUUUUGAAUCCUUUUUUUUUUUUUACUCUACGAUCAUCAAAACCUCUUAUUCAUGAAUGGCUAAAUAUGUUUUUUUUAUGUGAAAA